AACGAGAUCACUCAACAUCCGGGUAUGCAUCGUUCUCUUUCUCCCUAACGUGGUCACACUUACAGGUUUACCAGAACGUGACCCAAAAAAACAGCAAAAAUGGUGGCUUCAAAGAAACAGAAAAAGGCCAUGGAGAGUAUUAACUCUCGUUUGGCACUUGUCAUGAAGAGUGGAAAAUAUCAUCUUGGUUAUAAACAAACAUUAAAAUCGUUACGUCAAGGCAAAGCCAAGUUAGUCAUCUUGGCAAAUAACUGCCCACAAUUGAGGAAAUCUGAAAUUGAAUACUAUGCCAUGUUAGCCAAGACUGGUGUCCAUCAUUACACUGGUAACAAUAUUGAAUUGGGCACAGCUUGUGGUAAAUAUUUCCGUGUCUGCACACUCAGUAUCACAGAUCCAGGUGACAGCGACAUCAUCAGAAGCAUGCCAUCAGAACAGCAGGCGUAAACAGAAGAAAAAAGUUUCUUGUAAAUUAUCAAUUUAUUUCUCAGCUGAAAUGUCACUUUUAAAUCAGUGAGGAUUAAAAAGGGGUUUUGAACAAGA